AUGAAUAUGAGCUCACCAGUACUCGCUUUGCCGGAAGAAGGAAAGAAAAGACGGAUGAGACUGAUCCGAUUGAGAAAUGGGCACUACAGAAGAAUCGUUGACAUCACAAAUACUGAAGAAAGAAAAUUAUUUCCGAAUAUAUGUAGCUGUGCUUGCGUCACCCCCCGAAAGGAUGAAGCUGAGAAUGAAGGAAAAUUGGAAGACGUAAAAAAUGCCAAGGGCUCAAAGGAGUAUGACGACAAGAGCGAUUACAUGGAGUCUGAAAAGAAAGAAUCGUACAUAGUUGCAAUAAAUGAGGAGGAUCAAACAGAGAAUCUGUAUUCUAAAACAAUCUCGUUCACAUCUAUUACGCCUACAAGCGUAAGGAGUGAGGAAGAAGAAUCUCGCAGGAAACUGUCCCUGUUGGAUGCGAAGGAAGAAGAGGAGGAAGAAAUCGAAGUAGAGGAAGAGGAGGAACCGGAAGAGGAGAUAGAGGAAGAAUCAAGUGUUGAAGAAAAAGAAGAGGAAAAAAAACAAGUUGUACCUGAAGCAAAGAAACUAAUAGAACCAUCCAAAACGCUGAUGAGAGGAACCAAGGCAAACAUUUAUUUCUUAUCAAAUAAAGAAAUGGUACAAACUUUAAUGUGUUACAAUUACAAUUGCAACGCUGUGGUCUUCGAAAAAGACACCAUCCUAAGGUACCUUUACAUGAAGUCAAUCAACAAUAUCAUAUUGAAUGAGCGCAUGAUUGACGAGCUGUGUAAACAGGAAGAUUUAAAAUAUGUCCUAACCAGCAAUGCUAUAGUUUUAGAGUCCACAGAUUUUCUCAAGCCAAUGAUUAUAGAGUUUGAGUCAUCCAUUUCAAAGAGAGUAUUUGUUAGGCAUCUCAAGUACAAUGCAAAGAAAGAAAUAGACAUGAAAAAGUACCACGAUUACAUGGGCGAACUUAACACGAAUGAAAAAAUACGUCUCAUGAAGAUUGAAAGGUUCCACUCCUUCAAUAAGAUGAUCCAGAGUAACUGA